AUGAUCUCGAGAUCGUCCCUUGCGCGAACUGCGCAGCAGGCUGCCCGACAAGCCUGCCGCGUCCAGCGACGAACCUACGCCGCCGCUGCUUCGACCGGAUCAUACGAGACCUCGGAUGUGACUGGCCUCAAGGUCGCCUCGCGGGAUGCUCACGGUCCUACUACUACGCUCGCUGUUGUGGCCAAAGCCGGUACUCGCUACCAACCUCUUCCUGGCCUUUCUGUUGGCCUUGCCGAAUUUGCCUUCAAGAACACCCAGCGACGAUCCGGUCUUCGCAUUACUCGCGAGUCUGAGCUUCUUGGUGGUCAAUUGGCUUCCUCUCACUCCAGGGAGGCUGUUGUUGUCGAAGCCAGCUUUCUCCGCGAGGAUCUGCCUUACUUCACUGAGCUUCUCGCUGAGGUCAUCUCCCUGACCAAGUAUACCACUCACGAGUUCCACGAGGAUGUUGAGCGUGUUCUCCACGCCAAGCAGGCUGCCCUCAACGCCGACGUCGCCGCCACUGCUCUCGACAACGCCCACGCUAUCGCUUUCCACAAUGGCCUCGGCUCCUCCCUCCUCCCCAGCUCCUCAACUCCUUACCAGAAGUACUUGAACGAGGAGUACAUUGCUAGCUACGCCGACGUCGCUUACGCCAAGCCCAACAUUGCUCUCAUUGCCGACGGUGCUUCUCCCGAUUCUCUCUCCAAGUGGGUUGGCCAGUUCUUCAAGGAUGUGCCUUCUGCCCCUCGAAGUGGCCAAACUCUUAAGACGGACGCAACCAAGUACUUUGGUGGUGAGCAGCGAACAAGCUCCAGUGCUGGCAAUUCUAUUGUUAUUGCUUUCCCCGGCUCCGGUUACGACUCCACCAAGCCUGAGCACGCUGUGCUGGCUGCUCUCCUCGGUGGUCAGUCCACCAUCAAGUGGGCGCCUGGCUUUAGCCUCCUGGCCAAGGCCACUGCUGGCACCUCCGGUCUUACUGUCAACACCUCCAACCUAACCUAUUCCGAUGCUGGCCUCCUUGCUGUUCAGCUCAGUGGUCCUGCUGCCUCUGUCCGUAAGGGCGCUGAGGAGACUGUCAAGGUGCUCAAGAGCAUAGCAGAUGGCCAAGCGAGCCAGGAGGAUGUCAAGAAGGCCGUUGCCUACGCCAAGUUUAACCUUCUGAGCCAGAACCAGCUCCGCCAACCCAGUAUCGCCCUCGCUGGCUCUGGUAUCGUCAAUAGCGGCAAGCCUUACGACUCUGCUGCCAUUGCCAAGGCUAUCGAUGGUGUCUCCGCCGAAUCCAUUAAAACUGCUGCCAAGACUCUCAUUGAGGGCAAGGCCACCGUUUCAACUGUCGGUGAUCUGUUCGUGCUGCCCUAUGCUGAGGAGAUUGGUCUGCGAGUAUAA